CGUACAAAACAAGCGUAGAGAAGAAGUGUACCGCGGAGGAAUACUUGUGUUUGCGGAGGAUCCAACAUCUUCCUCGAUAUAUUUAGUGUUUUCGCUCCAAUUUCAUCUUCUAAUCAUGAAGAAAAAGUCGAUUGGAACCCGUAUUUUAGAUGUUUUCACGUAUGCACCUGGAUCCUUAAAAAAGAAUGUGUAUACUUUGCCUGUCAAUAUCAUCAUAAUGGGCAUGGUUUUGAUCAGAUGUAUCUCGGUUGGUUACUUUGUUCUUGGACUUGUAUGGAAACUCCACACCGGACUGAUAAAGGGGAACUGGAUUGAGAUCCUAAAUAGACUUUGGAUCGGGGACUUGAGACUCGGUGUAACAGUCAAUGCUCUUGUGUUGAAUUCGGUGGCGCUGUUUCCGGUCUAUAUCCUUUCUGGAACCUUCGGAUUGAUGGGCAUCAUUUGCAGAAAACAAAUUUUCCUCAUAUUGUACAUGGUGUCCUUGCUGUUUUUCCUAGUAACAGAUGUGAUAUACAUAUCUCUGUUUAGUAUACUUGUGAAUGGGAUGGAGUCAUCUGUACUUGCUGCAGAUUUCCAGGCAAUUUUCAAAGAGUUUGCAGACUUUUACCAAACCACAAGCCAAAAUGAUGUUAAGGGCAUAAAGGAGGAUUGGUUGGAUAUGUUCACCACGCUUGGAUGUUGCGGUGUUACGAGUAAUCUCGGCAGUUACAUGUGCACGGGUUACGAUUCGAGAAAUACCUGCUGGGGGAAAUUCUCCAACACCAUGACAUCGUAUUGUUCAACAUACCUAAGCCUUGCUGUACUCUGCUUUGUGAAUGAGAUGAUACAACUCAGUUUUUGUGACAUAGUGUAUAGCCAGUUAUUUGGUAAGAGACUACCAUUUGCCCUAGCUAGGACCUGCAUAUCAAAACUUCGAAAAGCAUGGAAAAGGUCAUGGUCUUGCGUUUUGGCGAAUUUGUGGAGAGUUUUGUCAUGUAUUCCUGCUAUCUCCCUUUUAUGCCUUGGUGUAAUGUUACGGAACGACAACCAAAUGACUGGAGCAUUCGUGGAACCAAUCUAUACCUAUAUAUACCUCCUUGGACUCAAUUUUAUAGACAUCAUCGAUGGACUGAGUAUUCUAAUGAUCGUCCUUGGGUGUUUGGAGUUAUUCGUAAAUCUACUUUCAUUGACCAGUGAUUUGGUUGUCCACAGCAAGAUAAAAAGUAUAGUGAUUAUCGUCGUCAAAAGCUUCAUGAUGACUCUGAAGAUUAUAUGGCUGGGUUUAGUCAUAAAUCUAGUUGUUCAGAUGAACAAAGACCUUCGAAUUCAAAUGGCACACAUAUUGAGAAAUUACUCAAAUAUCAAAAGGAAUUGGUACUAUCUAUUUGGUGAACUGCAGUGUUGUGGACUGACAUCGAGAAAUGACCUUAUUUAUCUGGGUUUAUCUUCAGCUAUUCCUUAUACAUGUUGUCAUUAUUCACUUUACCAAGUUUCCAGUAGUCUACCAUAUACUUCCAAUUGCAACAUAAUCCAAACGGGAUGCCUUGAUAAAGUACUGGAAGUGUUUACAUUUUAUACCACUGGAUUUUUCAUUGCUGUGUCUAUAUUAAUUUUAUUCGGGGGAUUAACUGCUUUAUUUACAAUUAUCGAAGUACGAUCUCUUCGUUCCGAAGAUCUUCAUGAUAAGCAGGUAUCAGAAAAAGAUGAAUUGAAAGAUACCAACAGUGAACAAAGCAGCGAUGCUUGCACUAUAUGCAUUAAAUGCUGUAAAAGUGAUAAAUUACUCUCAAUACAGAUGCUCUCCAUCAUAUGUUGCGUCAUAUUCGGUUUUGCCUUAGUAACGGAGGGAAUUUUCCUGACCUAUGAUAAAGUUUUUAACAACAGAUCAAUAAAAGAUAUCCUACUCAGCGCCCUGUCAUUUGAAGGUCUAUCUUUUACGCAUAUAAGGAAAUCACUAUGUGCUUUCAUGUUUGCCUCUGGAAUUACUUUAAUUAUCACUAGUGGAUUUGGGAUAUUCACACCGAGGACAAAAUCAAAAUGUCUGCACAUCACUCAAGCAGUGGUAAUCGGUAUUGUCCUCACAUUGAUAAUCACCGGGAUGAGUCUCUGGGGCAAAAUUAAAGACACGAUCAGUUACAAACUGGAUGCCGAGAUGUACUUAUUUCUUGACUUGCAUGGAUACUAUGAACAAAAUUACUUAACAUACACAUCAACUGCCAAUGGAGCAUGGAAUUACCUUUUUGCUGUGGCAGAAUGUUGUGGUGUGAACUACAAUGACGGUAGUGAUUUUGAAAAAUAUAUGCAUAGUGGAAACAAAGUACCAGUUUUUUGCUGCAAAGAGAAUCCAUUAACAGAGCCUUAUCGAGCUAGUAAUGAUGCUUGUCAAAAAAAUCAAGAGUGGGACCUCCAACACAACUCAUCCUGCAAAGAUGCACUACUGACAAGAUUGGAUACCUACAGCAACACCUUUUUCUCUUUUGGUGGAUUGAUAAUAUUUUGCUUAAUUAUUCAACUAGCUCUCAUUUUAUAUCAGUUGAGGAAACGACAAUUCCUUCCUCGCCAUUCUGACAAAUAUUCCCAAUUGUUCAAAACUAAAAAGGGAUUCAGGCAAAUACUGGUGUUUGAAUGGAGGACAUUAUUUGCUUUUCUUUCGUUACUGGCAUCCGUAAGCGUAUUGGUACUUGGGAUUGUUAUGAAGCUUGACAGCAGAAUGACAGGCAAUAACGUGUAUUACAUUUACACGUACCUUUAUUUCAAAGGUGUUAAUUUCCAUGACAUUGUGCAAGCUAUGAACCUUUCUCUCAUAACAUUAGGCGUUUUAUCAAUGUGCUGGUGUCUUGUUGGGCUAUCAGAGACGUUCACAGAACUCAGAAGUACAACGAAAACGAAACUUUAUGUUGCAGUAUUAUUCAUCUUAAUUCUUACGAAGUUAGUGUGUGUUUUUCUGAUGAUACCAGUACAGAUGGAGAUAAACACUUAUUCCAACAAGACUUACUACCAGUUAGAGAAUCUGGAUCGACAGUACUCAAAUCCGUAUUCAAAUAUCUAUGGACAUCUCGAUAACUUUUACUUUGAAUUUGAUUGUUGUGGAUCCACAGGAUCGGAAGGGUUCAAUGACCUUGUCAACAGUGCUGGAUACGGACCCAUUUAUGGUUUCCAACCAUUAGUGUGUUGUUACGGCAAAAAGUAUGGAAUCACGCAGAGUCUUCAUACUCUUCCUUGUGAGAAAAAGGCAUGCGGUGCCGAGUUUGUGGACGUUAUUGUCUCGUACUGUAAUGGACUGAUAGCAUCAAUGUCUGUCACAACAUUUUUUGAGAUUAUCUGCCUAGUAUUCUCCAUGCAUUAUCUACUAAACAAUCUUAAACAAGAAACUCAAGAUAAAUCGUGCAUCACUAAGUUCAUAUUUGUCCUAUUUGGUGCAUUAGGAGCUUCCAACAAAACACAGUGGUUUGGGUUCACCUGCGCAUGUUUUAUUCAGAUGGUUGCCGUCGGACAUUUUGCUGAAAGCGCUGCACUUUUAUACGAUGAAAUAUUUGCUAACCGACAAAUCCAGCCACUUUUUGACCAAAUGUUCAUGAUCGGAAAUUCGUUUAAUCAAAACUUGAUCAUCAUGAGAUGGUUAAUGAACACCUCAGGAUUCCUCCUUUUCAUCAGUUCCACCCUCGCUAUCCUGACCAUUCACCGUGGAUCAAAAUUUUUACACUCUAUGAAUAUUUUGUUGUGUGUAUUGGCGAUGGCCAUGAUAAUUCCAAACAUGGGGUGGUGGAUUGCUGUCCAUGUUGUGAAUUUCCCAGAUGAAUUAUUGAGGAAUUCCGUCACUUAUUUCUACUCACGUCUGCCUGAUGGUUAUACGAUGGAAAUAGACGGCGCUUGGAACAAUUUGUUUGUUAAGCUCAAAUGUUGUGGAUACACAACGGGUAACUCCAGCGAUUUUAAAUACGUUCAAUUCCAACGAAAUCCAUUUAAUAACGAACUCACAUCUUUAUUUUGUUGCCAUUCUAAUCCACUGACAGAGGUGUACAACGGUGAUUACACAUGUGCUACUUUGGCCGGAACUGACCGAUACACAGAGCCAUGUUCUGCAAAACUUUCAGAGAGACUUCUGCAACACAGCAUUGCAUUUUAUGUAAUAGCAUCACUCAGUUUGGUAUUAGAGGUUGUAAUGGUGGUUGUCCUGGCUAAGCUGAUUCAGAAUGAUGCUCCAUUCAGAGACGAUCCAGUCUUGUGGAGAUUCGGUCGUAAAUACUAUUAUGGAAAAAACAGAAAGGGAAAGAAAAUCCUCACAGCAGACGAAAAUAAUAUCACGUCAGAGACAGCAUUAGGGACAAUGAAGGAAAAUACAGAGGACCAGACAGAAAAUUUUAACACUUCAGUUUCAAACGAAAUGCAAAAUAGCAAAGAUAAAACAAAAUACAGGAAAAGGCGCAGUAAAGUUACCCCUUUAACCCCUAAAGAUGACUUACCCGCACCGAGGAAAGUUCCACAAGGAAAACUGCCUUCUCUGACCAUGAGCCACAACUAACAAUGCGUGAUUUGUAUCGAGGAUGUGGAUGUUGGAUUAAUCAUGAAUAUUUGUUUACAAAUUGUUUUAUAUCAAUUAAUGAAGGAUAAAUUUGUAUUUGGUUAUUUUUGUACUUGUGGCUAAAUAAUGAAAAUAAAGCAUGUGAUUGUU